AUGAUAAAGUUAUGUACUUUCCUAUCGUUGUUCCUUAUAUUUUUUUUUUUGAAUUUGAAUGCGAUAAAUGGUUCUGGUAAUACAGAUGAAAUAGCACUAGACCUAAUAGAUGUAGACACUAUUUUAAAUGGAACGGUUCCUGAUGGAGAUAUGUUACAUGAGAAAAUUGAAUAUGAUAAUUACCGGAUUCCAAACCUAUGUCACUAUAAUCCGCGCUUCAAGGAACCACGAUUUAUAGAAGAUAACAAAGACUAUUUAUAUAACAAAAUUGGAGAGAUUAGUAAUUCAUUUUCUACUAAUUUGAACAAGUAUACAACAUGCAUGCACGAAUUAUAUGGUUUAUAUAAUGAGAGUAUUGAUGUAAGCAUGGACAAUUUUAGAAAUGGUUAUAUAUUUAUGCAGAUACAUUUUUCAAAACAUGAAAAUAAGGAUACUAAUGUUAAAUUAAUGGUUGAUAUAUAUGGAAGUGUAGAUAAAAUACAUUCAGAUGGGAUUGAAUUAGCACAAGGGUCGUUUGAAGCCCAACUGAAUCAAUGUGAGUUGAUCCAAAAUAAAAUUACCGCUCCUGUUACUGAUGCGAUUUUCAUUAUUGACGGUAAUACCCCAGCUGAAGAAAAUAAUAAUGCAUCUACGGAUAAUAAUACUAAUUUACAGAGCGGAAAUAGUCAUAAUAACUUAAACGAUUUGUCUAAAAUAUAUGAAUCAAUUGUGGAAAGUGGAAUUGAUAUUAAAGAACAUUUUAUUACAGUAGAUAAAAUAAGCGAAGAUAUAUUCAAGGUUAAUAAAUUAGAAAAAUUCUUGACUAAUUGUAUGGUAAUUGUAAAUAUUAAUGGUCUACAUGGUAAUAAGGAUGCAUUAAAAAAACACAUACGUCAAAUGAAAGACAGAAUAUAUCGCGAAAAAAUAUUUAUUGAUUUUAAGCAAAGUAUAGUUAAGAAAGAUCUAGAAGAAUGCACAAAAAACUACACAUUGUUAAUGUCUAAUAGUAUAGCCUCUAAAUUAAUGUUUGUUUUUGUAUUUAUAGCAAUUAUCAUUUAUAGUUUGUAA